AUUAUAAAGGCGUGGAGUCAAAAGCCCGAAGCAUUUUGCGAAGCGACUCCUUGCGGGCUGGACACCCGCGCGCGCACCUACUUAUAUCACACACUACUGUUCGCUACACUUUUAAGUAAAUGUCGUAAGUUAACAAAGCGUUAAAAUGUUGUUAGGAACGAAAUUAACGAUUGUUUGGGUGGGACUAUUAGCGACUAGUUACGGUAGUGACUCCGACGUUGUUACGAAUGGAUUCUCGGCUGCUGAUGGUGCGUUUUACACCGAUGAUGCGGUUAUCUUAAAUGCAUACGUCGGGCGCGUUAAGCGCGACACUUCGAACUCAACACGAGAUGGAAAACAAUUGAUACUGCUAAGGCCUAGACAGGCCGAAGAAUCUUUCGGUACCGACUGCCAAACGACUCUAGGCAAGAAAGGGACUUGCAAGAGUUUUCGCGACUGCUACCCUCUGUUCAAAGUAGCCGACUUCUCCGGCUGGGAUGGAUGGGUGAUGGGCCAUUACGAUACUUGCAGCUACAUCAAUGGGGAGAACAUGGAGGUAUUCGGGGUAUGCUGCACUGAACCAGUGGGCACACCACCACAACAAGAGCCUGAUGUUCAGCGACUUGGCUAUCUGCAGCCAGCUGUGCCUGUUCAGCUUCCAGCCUUUGCAGGAAUUCCAGGUGGCGUUCUUUCAGCGUUCUCAAGAUGGUCCUACAAUGGUGACAACAACAAUUUCCGUCAGAUCCCUGCGCAGUGGCCGCCAACAAUCCCCCCGCUGCCCACACACCCUCCUGACCACACCGCACCUACUCACCCACCUUCUCUAGUUGCAGGCGUCACGACAAAGCCACCAAGUAACAUCCCUGCAUCAUCAACGACUUGGGCAACUAGGCCUCCAAGCACAACGAAACAGACCUGGGCGCCAGCAUACCCUACGAAGCCAAGUGUGCCUGCACAACCGGCUCAACCUGCAGUGGAUGGAUCUUGCGGUAUUAAGAAUGGACCUCAGACUUACGAAAGCACGUAUCAAGACGAGGAACGUAUAGUGGGAGGUCAUAAUGCUGAGCUCAACGAGUGGCCGUGGAUCGUGGCACUAUUCAACGCUGGACGUCAGUUCUGUGGAGGCUCCCUAAUGGACGAUCGACAUGUCCUUUCUGCAGCUCAUUGCGUGGCGCAUAUGACCUCAUGGGAUGUUGCGCGUUUAACAGCAAGACUUGGUGACUACAAUAUCCGAACGAACACUGAGACUCAACACAUUGAAAGGAAAAUCAAGCGCGUAGUGAGACAUCGAGGUUUUGAUAUGCGUACUUUGUACAACGAUGUAGCCGUACUAACAAUUGAUCAACCAGUAUCCUUCACGAAAAAUAUUCGUCCUAUUUGCCUGCCAGUUGCUGGCAGAUCCACAUACCAAGGCAAAGUUGCGACUGUGAUCGGUUGGGGAAGUUUGCGCGAAAGUGGACCACAGCCGUCUGUUCUACAAGAGGUAUCGAUUCCAGUGUGGUCGAACCAGGAGUGUAAGUUGAAGUACGGUGGUGCUGCUCCCGGCGGCAUUGUGGAACAUAUGCUUUGUGCUGGAAAAGCUAGCAUGGACUCUUGCAGCGGUGACAGCGGUGGUCCUCUCAUGGUAAACGAGAACGGUCGCUGGACACAAGUGGGCAUAGUUUCCUGGGGCAUCGGUUGCGGCAAAGGCCAGUACCCCGGAGUGUACACCCGCGUCACCUACUUCCUACCUUGGAUCCAGAAAAACGCCAAGUAGAAUAGAUUUAAAGCGAAGUGCGAUUUCAUAACAUUAAAACUUUGCCACUUUUUGAACCGAGUACCUCUAUUCGAAGUGAGCAUUUUAUAUUUUAAUUUUGUCAAUCGUAUCACAAAUAAUUUUUCGGACAAUUAUUUUGAGAAAAACAACCGAACCUUGCUUUUCUCAAUUAAUUGCAAAAUUAACUUUGACAUUAUGGAAUUUGUGCCAAUUAAUUUUAAGUUUCUAAAUUAAAUAAAAAUAUUUUAUUUGGAA